CAUGGAGUGGAGACUGAUCAGCCAAACAGUCCAAUAACAAACAAAUCCCCAUGUCAUGACAGAAAAGAUGUGAGUGAUGGAAGCUACUGUGCAGUCACCAGAUGAACGUCUGUGGUGGAGCGAUCUUGUAGAUGAUUUAUAUGAGAGCUAUGACAACUAUUCUUUUUAUGAAGACAUCAGUUAUGAGGAUGCGGAUGUUUGUGACCUGACUACGGGUAUCAAUUUUGAAGCAGUGUUCAUCCCAGUUCUGUACUCAGUAGUGUUUUUUGUUGGAAUCCUGGGGAAUGUAUUGUUGAUAUUAGUGCUACUAAAAAGCAGGAAGAUGUGGAACGUGAUGGAUACCUUCAUCCUUCACCUGGCUGUGGCGGAUACCCUGCUGCUGCUGAUGCUGCCGCUCUGGGCUGCACAGUCCGCUAGCCUGGUCGGGUGGACAUUCGGGACCCCUCUCUGCAAGAUCACUGGAGCUGUUUUUACGAUCAGCUUGUAUUGUGGGAUUUUCCUCCUGGCCUGCAUCAGCGUGGACCGCUAUCUCUUCGUCGUCCAUUCUACCAAGAUGUACACUCGCAGGAAUCCUCGUGUGAUUCAUGCCAGCUGCUUGGUGGUGUGGCUCUUCUCUCUGAUCCUCUCCUUGCCUGACUGGUACUUUUUAGAAGCCGUGGAAGAUGUGCGACAAAGGAGAACAGAGUGUGUUCAUAACUACUUUAAACUUAGCCCAGAAUAUUUUUAUACCUUAAAAAUGUCCACAAGAUGGCUGUACCACACUAUAGGCUUCCUCUUACCUUCAUUUGUUUUGAUCUUCUGCUACGUCCGCAUCCUAUGGCAGCUGAGUUAUGGCACCCAAGGUCUCCGAAAUCAGAGAGCAUUUAAAGUCAUAAUAGCCGUGGUGGCAGCUUUCUUUCUCUGCUGGACUCCACUUAACAUCACACUCAUUGUGGACACAAUUCACCAAAACGACAGUGGUGUAACGGCAUGUGGAACUAGAACAUCUCUGCAUAAAGCUCGGUUAGUGUCUGAGAGUUUGGGAUACCUUCACUGCAGCCUCAAUCCUAUCCUGUACGCCUUUGUGGGUGUGAAGUUCCGAUAUCAGCUGCUGAACAUCUUCAGGUCCAUGGGCUUCAAGCUUAAAAUGAGUGUGAAAUCUGAAUCUCUUCCCAGGAGGGGCUUCAUUGGGUCUGAGUCAGCCGACACAUUCAACUCCAUCGCAAUAUGAAAGGCAACAGUGAGAAGCUGCCUCACAUUUACACCUGCUAAAUGACAAAGAAACCAAAAAAAAAUAUUUCUCUGGUCAGCUGGGUAAUUGUUGGUAAAUUAGGAUUAAGAGUGUUUUCAGCAUUUUCACUAUCUAGAGGAAAUCUAAUAUCGUUUUUUUUAUGUUUAAAUGUAAUUUUGUAUUGUAUUGUUUUUAUAUGCAAAAUUCAUGAGAAUAAAUGUGUUUUAUUAUUGCUAGGUUUAAGAUAAAAGAAUGUCGGGGUUGACUAAAAAUGAUUUAACUUGCCUUCAGCCUCCCUCAGAAGAUGUACGGUAGCUAAAAAGGUAAGGAUUUAGAUCCAUCAAGCACAUAAUGUUCCUUAUUUCUGUCCAUUGUGCAUCCAGUUUUUGCAUAGGAAGUGUAAUGUCAUGAUCCCCAGGUGCUUGUAUUUGAAUUUAGUUAUUUUUGGGGAUCAUGUUUUCUUUAGUUUUGCAUUGUUUAUGGAUUUAGAUACUUUACUCUUGUCCCUGUUAGGUCUUUGCUUGCAUGCUUGUAUUUUGUUUUCAGUUGUUUUUUUUUUAGUGUCUGUUUAUCCAGUGUAGGUUUUGCAUUCUGGUAAGGUUCUGUUUUACUGCUUGUCCCCUGCCAUCCCAUUGCUCUCUCUGUUCCCUACCUUUAUUGAUCACCCCUCUUCCCAAUAACAUCUGCCUCUUCACCUGGCUUCUGCCUCAUCAGCUCAUUCCACCCUGUGUAUUUAUAAUCCUGGCAUUUUAUUUUUACUCAGUGCUGGUGCGACUGCUCAACUUAUGGUUCCUACCCGAGUUCUCCUGGCUGUAUUUUUUGAGUUUCUAGACUGAUUCAUCUCUCUAAGUUUUUUGUAAAAUCAUUUUAAAUCAUUAAAUCAUUUUUGGCUGCA